UGCAAGCACAAACAUGGGGCCCUUCUUGAGCAAACAACCAGGUUCCUUGAACAGGAGAAGCUUUGCAGCACUUGGCCUGAGAAUCCUUUUCUUCUUGACUGGAGAAAAGGAAAAAGAUACUGCCACGUCCAGUGGUGACUCUGCUGAGGGGACAAAAGGCUCUUCCUUUAGCAGCACAAAAGUGACAGCCUACGACUGCAAGCAUUGUGGUGUCAGCGUAUGCGAGUUAUCCAAUUUCAGUUGCUGUACCAUAAUUGGUGAAACACAAGACGAGACGUUUUCAAAUGAAGUAAUUCAGCUGGUGACCAAUGAAACGCACAUCACUAUGUGUUUUCAGCAAGCAAAUACUUUUUCGGAACAAAUUUACGCCAUCAUCUGGGCAAAAGCUGGGGGAAUAGGAGAUUCAUGUGGCAUCCUGAAGGCUGAAGCUUCCCCAGAGAAUAGGGGGGAAACAGUCGUUUCAGAGCAGAAGAAGACUUGCUGUACAGCACAGGUCCAGCUCGCAGUGCCCAGCACCCCCUUAAAUUGCUACGCUGACAAGGACAAAAGCCCCCAGCUCGGCAGCCCUGAGGAUGGAAAUGAUGUCGGUAAAAAUAAUGGAAUUGUUGAACAAUCACCACAUUCUCUCAGUGUUCAGCAAGACCAAUCUAUCAGCAUUACUUGCUCACUGAAAAGCUCACAUGAAGAAGAAGGGGUCUUCUUGCUCAGGACUCAUAUGAAAGGAUAUUUCUCAAAGCAAAAUAUUUCAACUAUCUUUCCUGCUUUUGCAAAUCGCUUGGAGUACUCAAAGCAAGAGAAGACAUUGGUGAUAACUCUGCACAACCUACAGAAAAGCGACAGUGACAUAUACGUAUGUGUUGCUGUGUUUAAAAAUUCCUCUCUCCUCUCACUGAAUGCAAGUGGCACCAUGGUGCUGGUUAAAGAAGUGGAGCAGACAGAGUGCAGUAGUAAUCCCUGGAACUUUUAUGGUCUUAUCACUGCGGUGGUGCUGCUGCUUUCUGCGCUGACAUGCUGCAUCUUCUACAAUGUCAAUAUAAAGAAAUAUUUCCAGAAAAGAAAAACAAAUGCAGUAUAUGAAGAUAUGUCUUAUAGUUCUAGACGUAACACCUUGGUCAGAACUAACACUUACUGCAAUAACAAUUAACCUCUUGCCAGCUGGGACUAUGCAUGGAUCAACAGUUCCUUUCCAGGUCUCUCACAGCUGCCUUAGCAACUUGAUGCAGUGGUUGAAUUGCAAAUGCUUUCAUCUGCCUUCAUCUGUGAAAAGAAAUACCUUCUUCAUUGCCAAAGCUCCAUUUCUGCUUAUUUUGAUCACUUGUGAAAUACCUUUUGUUUCUUUUUUAUGUACAGAAAACAUAGAGAGAUGCAGGUACCCUGCAGAUGUUUGCAGCGUAGUGUGCGCAGCAGUACUGUUGGACUGUAAAUUUGGAUAGAUGCAAUCUAUGCAUUUGUUUCUUUGAUUGCUAAAUAACCCUUUCAGGGAAGGUGGGGUAGAUGGGAAGGUCUGGUGAUGAGCUCUGGGAAGUGUUCAGGAAGACCGUGAUAAGCCUAUUUAAUAACAUGCACUGGAUCUACAGAUGAAGGGAUUACAGUUCUUUCAAGAAUCCAUGUGGAUCUGCCAAAGGGGUCAGGUGGCUAAAACUUCAAGUAUUAAAGCAAAGGAAUCUCUUCAGAAGAGAAUUCGGAACCUUUGUGACAGAGUGCAGCAUUACAGAUGAAGUGCUAGAUCUGUGUGGAUUUAACUAUUUGCAGUUCAUAAGGGUCCCACAAAAAUGGUUAAAAUUACUACCCUUGUCAGAGAAAUUGGCAUGGUUGGUGGAGAUCUUGAUCUGGCUGAUCUGCAAAAUGAUUAGAUCUGGGGGCUAGAGACAUAAUGUGGAAAAACAGAAAUAUUUGUGACGUGCUGGCGUUGUCUCAAAUUUGAGAUGUCUUAAAACUGCACAGCAGGGUGAAGUAGUCUGGAACGAAACCAGUGCCUGAAUUCCAACUGGGACACGGGUCAGCCUGAUCCAAAAAUCACUCUAAAAAGGGAAUUGUCAAAAACUCAUAUGAGUUAAGUAAAAAAAAAAACAAAAAAAAACAAAAAAAAAACAAAAAAAACCCCUACAUUUUCUUUGGUAAUGGCUUAGAAUAGUUUGCUAGGGAAGGCUUUGUUCUCCUCCAGCUAACAGAAAGGCUACAGCUGCCUCCAGGCACAUACAGUUUUGCAGAGCUGGGUCAGCUGUGGGAAAUCAGCAGCUUACAAUCUUGCAGGCCCAGAGGAGUAUAAAAUUGGCUUGUCAUGAGGCCCUACUGCAGGUUUCUGGGGUGAGGUUGAGAGUAGAAUUUGUCUUUAUUGAUGUUUGUUAAGUUUUUAGAGAGAGCAGGGCUGGUCUGUAGCUUGUAAGAGCGUGCAGCUGGGCUUCACCCAGGCGCACGGGAGACUCCCGCUUUGGGAGGUGCACGCAGCCAGCUCUGCUGGGGUCUAGUGAUCCAAAGGCUUCCUGCAAAUGUUGUGUAACUUGCUCCUAAACAGCACCUCAACAGGCAAUAUAGCAUCCGUUUUUCUCCUUAUUUACAGAAUCUACUUUUUUUUUAAAUUUUAAAAUUAAUCUCUGAUGAAAAUACUUUCAGAAAUCUUUUCAUGGUAACUACAAUAAAAUUUCUUGAAGAGGGAACAAUGCAAAAGGAGGACAGGGAAGAAGUGGGCAGUGCUGUGCAGGCUGGCCCAUCCUUUCAACAGCGGCUUGUACCGAGUCACUAGGACGGAGGGUUACUGGCUUUUGCUAGAUCUAAAAUAGGAGAUGGCACCUCCCUGUUAUUGCCUCUGUGUGAUGUCAGACGCCGCCGGCGGUGAGAGAUUGCACUGGCUUCCUCAUCUUGGAUGCGGUUUGCUCACUUUGCUUGC